CUUGUCAGCGCCACAGACCGCGACUCGGGAGCCAACGGGCAGGUGCGCUGCAGCCUCCGUGGCCACGACCACUUCACCCUGCAGCGCGCCUAUGAGGACAGCUACAUGAUCGUCACCACAGCGGCGCUGGACCGCGAGCGCAUCCCCGAGUACAACCUCACUGUGGUGGCCGAGGACCUGGGCUCGCCACCGUUCAAGACUGUCCGCCAGUACACAGUGCGAGUGAGCGAUGAGAAUGACAACGCCCCGCUGUUCGCCAAGCCCCUCUAUGAGGUGGCUGUGCCAGAGAACAACCCCCCAGGUGCCUACAUCACCACCGUGGUUGCCCGUGACCCCGACCUUGGCCACAACGGUAAGGUCACCUACCGUCUUCUGGAGACACAGGUCAUGGGGGCUCCCAUCUCCACUUACGUCUCAGUUGACCCUGCCACUGGCGCCAUCUAUGCCCUCAGGACGUUCAACUAUGAGAUCCUCAAGCAAUUGGACCUCAGGAUCCAAGCCACUGAUGGAGGCUCCCCACAGCUCUCCAGCAGCACCCUUGUCAAAGUGAGGAUGGUGGACCAGAACGACAACCCUCCUGUCAUCAUCCACCCAGUGCUCACCAAUGGGACAGUGGAAAUUGGCGUGUCCAGUAAAACCUCCCGUGACUCCCUGGUGGCCCAGAUCAAAGCUCGAGAUGCAGAUGAUGGGGCCAAUGCUGAGCUCACCUUUGCCUUCCUGGAAGAGCCUCAGCAGGAUCUUUUUGCCAUCAGCCCAAGUACUGGGGACAUUGUGCUGAGGGGCGACCUCUCUGAAGAGCUGGGACAGCUGUUCAAGGUCAUCCUCACUGUGACAGACAACGGCAGACCCCCCCUGGCCACGACUGCCACAGUCAACUUCCUGGUGACUGCCUCUGCUCCUUCCAGUAUCCAGGAGAUAGCCAAGCCCAGCUCCUGGGAAGGAAAGGCUUUGCAGUGGGACAUCCCUCUGAUCGUGAUCAUCGUCCUGGCAGGCAGCUGCACCCUCCUCCUGGUGGCUAUAAUCACCAUCGCCACCACCUGCAACAGGCGCAAGAAGGGGAACGAGAUCAAAAACAAUGCUUCCCUGAAGGAGCAGAUAGACAUCUCCCACCUGGAGAAGGGCCAGCAGGAGGAGAACAGCCAGAGGGGGAACGUGUUUGAGGUACGAACCUUUCCCAGCAAAACCUCUUUCACCAGCCCUGACCCGUCUCCUGUUGCCGAAGAGAUCUCCACUGCUGAGAGCAGCAGCGACAGCACUUGCCUCUAUGAGGGUCAGAAGAGGCUCAGAGGACCAAGUGGGGAGCAGGGUUUUGCUGCUGCUCCGAACUACAGCAAGGAGCCUGCUCCCCCUGUGGCCAUUUGGAAGGGACACUCAUUCAACACCAUCUCCGGCCGAGAGGCGGAGAAGUUCAGUGGCAAAGACAGUGGCAAAGGUGACAGUGAUUUUAACGACAGCGACUCAGAUAUCAGCGGAGACGCCCUGAAAAAAGACCUCAUCACACACAUGCAGAAUGGUCUGUGGGCAUGUACAGCUGAGUGCAAGAUCCUGGGUCACUCAGACCGCUGCUGGAGCCCCUCCUGUGGCCGAGCCAACCCUCACCCCUCUCCCCAUCCUUCGGCACCCCUCUCCACCUUCUGCAAGAGCACAUCCUUGCCCAGGGAUCCCCUUCGCAGGGACAACUUUUAUCAAGCCCAGCUGCCCAAAACAGUGGGGCUUCAGAGUGUCUAUGAGAAGGUGCUGCACAGGGACUUUGACCGGACAAUGACGCUCCUCUCCCCACCACGCCCUGCACGGCUCCCCGAUCUUCAGGAGAUUGGGGUGCCCCUCUACCCAGCCCCCUCGACUAGAUACCUGGGUCCCCAGACUGACACAGCUGAGAAGGUGUAGCCCAACACUCUCCAUGCUCAAGUACACACAUCCCUGCACCCACACGGCUAGGUCACUCCUGAGAGCCUUUAAGUUAUUGACCAGACCCAGUGCUGUUCAUGUAAAUAUGCAAGAUGUGCCUUAAAAAUGAAGUUGUUGAUGUGAUUUCCAAUCACAUCAAUACUGUUUGAUAUUUGCAAACAAAAGUAUUGUUUGUAGUUAAUGUAAUUUUUAUGAAAUGUGCAGUAUUUAAAUUUUUUUGUUCAUGUUUUCUACAUUGUUUCUUGUUUUCUGCUUUUGGUUCACCCAUGGCCUGCCAUUUUUUGUAGUGUUUUUAACCUGUACAUUGUGUAAUGUAAUGUUUGUACAUAAUGAAAAUUGGUUAUAUUUUUAUAUAAUAAAAGCUUAAAAAGUGGGAAUUCUUGCCAAAGCGGCUGUCUGAAAGACACAAUAAUAAUAAUAAUAAUUAAUAAUAACCUGAAUAUGUAAAGCCUUGUAAGGGAAAGUACUCUUUCAUGGUGUAAUAAUAACCUAAGCAACCCAGUGUACUGAGAAGUUUGCCUUGCCAAAUGUGACUUGUAUUUCUUGAGUCUGUGGUCAACUUAAAGUUAAAUGUUAUUUAAUUGCCUUUGGUUCCUGUAAUCUGUGUCACUCAUAAACACUAAUAAAGGUUUUGUGAUGUGUCGGAG